AUGGAUAACUAUAAAGAACAACCAUUCACGUUUGAUACAAGAACCCUUCCUAUUAUCAAGCAAAUUAAUUUAUCAGCUUCUAAAUGCUCAUUAUGGCCGCGCACUCCAACUGGCAAGAAAAUUCUUCUAACAAUUCCUUCCAUGCUGCCAGUAAUCAAAUUUAGCCCUGAAGUUUUAGAAUCAUUAUAUACAGCUGGUCAUAGAGAAAAUUCACAAAUUGCGUUUGGCGGGUUUUUAGCUGGAUCGAAAUAUAGUUCCACGCAUUAUUUGAGCGUAAAAAUCACAGAGUGUCAAUGGCACACAAGAACGCCAAGAUCUACAGGGGAAUAUACAAUUAGAUUAUUCCUUACAUCUUCCACAUAUUUAAUAACGAUAAAACCUCUAGUUUGUUUUUUAAACUUUCCUUUGAAAAUUUAGUAACUACUAAAAUAAAUGAGUUUUAUUUUAAAUUUUAGUUGAUAUGCUAAAUAGUGUUUUAAUACUAUUUACUCCCCUUUCCAUGAGCGAACAAAACCAUUGGAAAAAUCCUUAAUUUUGGUAAAAACCACCCUCAGCGAGCAAACGUAAAUUUUUAAUAAAAAAAUUAAUAUAUAAGUGUUAAUUGUUAUAAUUAAAUUUUUGAUAAUUCUGUUUUAUUUUAAGCAGGUUGCGUUUUAAAACAUAAAUUUCACAAAUUAUUAAUAAUUGCUUUCCAAUUUACGAAUUGUGAUUUUUAUAUAUAAAUUUAAAAAAAAAAUUAACCCUCCGUGAGCGAACAAAAAAAAUUUUGUUUGCAUAUGGAGGAAGUGAGUUAGAGUUUAAAAAUAUACCCUUUUAUAAUUGCUACUAGUUACCGUUUUAUUUUUAUAUAAUAAAUAUGAAAGCGGCUAACCAUUACCAAAGCUUCUAACGAUGACGCCCCCUCAAUCUUCAUGUCUAUUGCAACAAAAUUUUUUUGAAAAAUUCUUCAUGCCUAACAUUUUUAUAAAAAAAAAAACUAAUGCAUUUUUCUCUAGGUGAGUUUCUCAAAAAAAAGCAUAAAACAGCGCUGCUGUAGGUGUGUCAAUGACCUUCUCAUCGAGAUUUGGACGGCUAUUGUCAUCGCUCGCCAUUUCAUUAAACUUAUCAACUAAAAAGUACGGAAAAAUUUAAGAUGCGAAUCGAAAAUUUGUUGCAAGAGGAUUAGGAUUAUUACAGACAGGCGCUAGCCAUAUUGGUGACGCAGCCACCAAAGACCUCCCCUACGGAAGGUUCUACGCUUUUCGACUCUAGCCCAGAGAAUAUAUACCUCUUACGAGUGCCCUUCCGGUACCUUCUAUCUCCUCCUUACCUUGAGGCUUCAGUCCUAGUGGGCGGCUUAUGGAUUUCAGCGGCCCUGCUACGGGAGAUUGGAGUAGUUUGAUUCCAAGGAUCAGCUCCUUGGAGUCUAUCGGGUGUAAAAAGUGCCUUCCUUCGACAGCUACAGGAAAAAGACUAUUCCCCUGUGCCCUGGGCCGAAUCUCCCAGUUUCUCGGUAGAGGAAUGCUCAUGGGUCCUCGGAUCCAAAGGACGCUUUUGAAUACCUCAUUUCCAACCACAAGAAAGCACCCAAAACAUGCACACUUCUUGAGCCUGCGUCUGAUCUUGGCUCGGAGUCCGUCCCAGUUCGUCGUAGCCAUAAGGUCUGGACUAUUGCGCCAAGAAGGCAGGUUGGCAGGUGUCGCUAUUUUGAUGUAUAUAAUUUUUUGCAAGAGACAUGAAAAUUAUUAUUUUUUUUAUAUAUAAAAUUUUAUAUUAUCUAUUGCCUAAAUUUCUGAUCAUGCAUAUGCAUGUCAUUUUGAAUUUGGUAUGUAAAAACCGAAUAUGCGUUUCAAAACGCAGAUUUUAGUGCGGCAAAUUCUUAAUUUGAAAUUUCAUAUGAAAAUGGCGCGUAUAACGUCCAUAAGAAAUUUUGCCAACGGAUUAUAUUAAAAAAUUGCACUUUUGUUGCAAUAGACAUGAAGAUUGAGGGGGGGUCAUCGUUAUUUAUUAUGGAUAUAUAAUUUUUUAAAGCUCUUUUUUUAUUAUCUACUUUUAUAAUCUUUUGAAUCCCAUUUUAAAAACUUUUAUAAGUUAUGCCCCAAUUAAUAUGCUCACUAUUAAAUUAUAAGAGAUUUAGAGAUAUGUGAAGAUUAGAAGCAGACAAGCGUGAAUUCGAGUUUAUGCUGCAAAGCCUGAUGUUUAAAUUAGACUCAUACGCAGAACUAGAAUACUUAGAGCCGCUUGAUCUUUGUAAAGCCACAUUGAGUUUUAGUGUGCACGAUGGACGACUGUUAGCUAAUUGCCAACUGUUGUUCCCAAGCAUAAAUUUGCAGUUCGUGCCAAUUCCAAUAUUGAAAAUUGUAUCAACCCCUUUAAGUAUCCAGCUAACUCAAAAAUCCAACAAAAAAGCGAAGUUUCAAACUGGGUACUUGACAUUGGACCAAAAAAAGCGGGUUUUGCCUCUACUGUGUUCUGAUCCCUUAGCGUUUAGAUACCCACUUGUAGGAGUUUGAGCUGUCGGCGUGCCUGGAAAUCAGCCUUAUCCGUUAACUCACCCACUUGUUUGGGCAUCUUGUGUAAGGUUUAUUGAAAGCAAGCUCAUCCAAGACAGAAUUUCACCAAGUCCUGAUCAAAAUACGUUCCUGUUCGUAUUCUCUUAAAAAUAAAUAUGCCAAAUCUACUUACUUUCCCCCCUCCGUGAGUGAACAAAAGCAUUAGAAAAAUCGCUAUUUUUUGCCCAAAAACCCACCCUCCGUAAGUGAACAAAAAUUUUUAAUAGAAAAAAUUUUUAUGAAAAAAAUUGAUAUAUAAGUGAUAAUUAGUAUAAUGAAAUCUCGAGCUAAUUCUGUUUAAUUUUAAACAAAUUGCGUUUUAAAAACAUAAAUUUUAUAAAUUAAAUUAAUAUUUGCAGGAUUUUUUUAAAAAUUUCGAAAAAAAAUAUUUUCUAUAAAAUUUAUAUAUAAAUGUUUUUAAAAAACAAAUUAAUCCCCCUCGUUAGUGAACAAAAUUUUUUUGUUCACUCAUGGAGGGGGGAAGUUAGAGGCUUAUAUUUCUAUAAUUAAUUAUAAUAAGAAUAUAUUUUUCUUCAAAGCCAACAUUUUAUGAAGUAAGCACUCAAGAUAAGCCAGCCUGAUGCAUUGCGAACUCAAAUAUAGAGGCAAGCAGAGAAAAUGGAACUUUUGCAUCAGAAACGUGUAUGUUUUUGAAAAGCAAACUGGAAAAUGAUAUGUUGGCGUCGCCAAAAGUAAACGUCAGGAAACCUAGAAAUACUCUAAGCCCAAGCGUGUCUAGUGAUGGGCAUUCAAGCAUAAAAGAUAUGCCGAUAAGGUCAGCUAGAUCAAGCAUAGAAACCUGUAACGGAAUUUCAACAGAAAAUUUGAUAAUAGAGCAGUCAGAGAUGCUGAAGCGGCUUGAAAAACAAAUCCAAGAGCUUCAGCAUCAGAUUUGCUAUACGCAGCUUGAAAGCCCUAAGUCAAAAAUUUCUUCCCCAGCUCGUUUAUCCCCGAAGAUGGUGAACUCUUCAACAAACACCACAAUUGAUAAAAAACUUCCUCCAAACCGAAUCCUUUUCCCUGAAAAACGGCCAGGAUCAACAAACACUUCAUUUUUAGGUCCAAACAAAGAAAAAUCAAAACUGCCGCCUAGGAUCCCAAGGAUCCCUAAUUUAAGACUUCCAACAGAAGGCUCUGAAUCUUCUGAGACUUCUCCAAAAUCUUCAUUUACAUUUGCGAGUAACCCUAUAUCUACAAGACAUUCAUAUUCUCCAGAGUCCUCUCUAGAUUCGCCUAGGUUUCAAGCUCCUCCUUUAACUACAACGAGGUCAAGCCAGCGUGGAAACUCUGACGUGACGAUUGCAAUCCCUAAAAUAAUUUACGAGUCGUCAAGCGACACAUCAGAUGACGACGAUAUCAAGCAACUUCAAAAAAAAUACUUAAAAACUGAGUAA